CAUAUGAAGAAAAGAUAAGGAUAAGCUGCCGGGGAGGGUGGCUUGUUGUCGAAGGGGGAUGUGGUGCACAAGAGAAUAAAGGAUGGCACAUGGAAUAGGUAUAGAAAAUGAUGAAGGAGAAACCUGGUAUGACUCGCAAGGGCUAUCCAGAGAUGGAGGAACCAGUUUGAUUUUGAAUGAACAAAUCUAAUUUUUUCUGCUUUCAGGGUCAAUAUAUUUAUUGGAUUAGGCGAACACGAUGGGUGUUAAACUGGAUUGAUUUUGCAUUCUGAGAUACUGUAUCACAAUCAGUUGAGAAUGAGCUUGCUUUCAAGAAUAAAGCAUCAUUCACCCCAUGGUUUGUAUAUACAAACUUUUCAGCCAACCAUAGUGCAGCUUAACUCUGGUAACAUAUUUAUUUUCAAGAAAUUUUGGUCAGCCUGCAAGGAAAGAGGAGGAUGAUGUAUAGGAAGUGGAAAUUUACUCAAGAAAUCUUCCAGUUGAUUUUGAUCCUGCUAAAUUUGAUCCCAAUGAUCAUCGAGGUCCUCCAUCAGAGUUUUCAGGCUUGUUGAUGAAAUAGCAUCUCUUACAGUAGCUGAAGCCUCAAAAUUGGGUCUUGUGCUGAUGAAGAAAAUGGGAGUGAAGGAGAUGCCUGAUGUGAAAUGUAUAAAAGCAGGAGCGAGAAAUUUGGCUGCGGCCAAGGAGGAGCAAAAGCCGGAAAAAACUGUGUUUGAGUUGAAACUGGAGUCCUACGAAGCGGCUUGCAAAAUUAAAAUCUCAAGGAGGUCCGGGGCUUUACAGAUUUAGGUUUGAAGGAGGCCAAGAAUUUGGUGGAUAAAACACCUUCUUAUAUAAAGAAAGGUGUUUCAAAAGAAGAAGGGGAGAAGAUAAUGGAGAAACUCAAAGCUCGUGGUGCAAAAGUUGUUAUGCAAUGAUGUAUGUUGUUUCAUUUUACUUUUCUNAAAAUUAGAANACUUUAUAGUUGNUGUGUUAAUUUUUUAGCAUGAACUGCAAUUUGAUUUUAUGUAGCUUUGCAACAUUAUUCUUCUGUUCCCUCGUAAUGGAAUAAGUUGUUGUAUUCCNACGUNCGAUACUCAUUAACAUCUUGCAAAUAAAUUAGUGUUCUCUAGACUUUUUCUUGUAUCAAUUGAAUUUUGUUGCAUAUGAAGAAAAGAUAAGGAUAAGCUUAAACGUAAAACUGAUCUUGAAUAUUAUCUCACACACCAAACAGACACGACUACUAUAUAUAGGCUCUAAAGCCUUCUGUUCAAGCAACAAAAAUAGAAAACUAACAUCCAGUUGAAUAACUGAAUGCUUUUAUAUCAAUAUCUCUAAUAUGAUCUGACUGCCAACUCUUCUUGUCCACUCCCAGAUUUGUCAAGUGGAAGUAGACAAAGGCUCUUGUUCUUGAUGAAUAUGACACCAGUUUGCCCAUUUGUCAAAGCUGCUCGCCCUGAUGAUAACAAUGCUUCCAAAAAAUCGGGUGAAAACUCUAUGAAACAUCAGGUUGAGUCUGANAGUAAGGUGAAGAAAGAGNCUAAUGACUCAGCUAGUGCGUCACCAAAGUGCCCUUUUGGAUAUGAUUCACAAUCGUUUAAGAUUGGUCCUCUUAGCUGUACAGUGUGCCAGGCUCUUUUAUUUGACACCAGCAAAUGUGUUCCUCGUUCUCAUGUUUUCUGCAAAUCAUGCAUAUCCCACUUUAAGGACUGUCCAUUAUGUGGGGCUGACAUUGUGAAGAUUGAGCCUGACGCUAAUCUUCAAGGUGUAGUUGAUCGCUUAAUUGAAGGUCAUGCUAGGAUCAAAAGGUCUGUUAGUUCAGACAAAGGAGAAGAAGCUACAGAGAGUAAACAGGUCAUCUAUGAGGAUGUUUCUUUGGAAAGAGGUUCUUUCUUAGUGCAACAAGCCAUGAGGGCAUUCCGUGCUCAGAACUUAGAAAGUGCCAAAUCAAGACUCAACCUCUGUGCUGAAGACAUUCGUGAUCAAUUAGAAAAAGUUGGUAACACUUCAGAGUUAUGUUCCCAGCUUGGAGCAGUCUUGGGUAUGCUUGGUGACUGCUGGUAUGUGUUCUUGCUUUCUUUCCCUACCACUCACAUAGCAUCUGAUUAAUAAGUCUGUUACUCUUAUUUCCUGCUCAUGCAUAUAUCUACAUUUUUUUUUUCAGUAUUCUCAUCACCACAGUCUGUGUUCUCUUGUAUUUGUUAGUUUUAGUGUAUGUAGAAUAUUAUUGUUACAGAUGCUCAACUGAUUAGAUAGUCUGCGUAAAUGAUUUGUGCUUGAAGAAAAAUGAAGAAUUUUUGGCACAACUAUAUAUAUCUGUAAUGAGUUUUACUUAUUGAGUAUAGAAUUAUCUACUAGUUAUCUACUAGAUACAAAGGCAUUGGAGCAAAGUAGUAAGGGAACCUGAAUAUAACUGGACAGAGAUCACAAAAGAAUGGCAGAAGAAAUACGAACACCUGGCAUAAGUACAGAUGGAAAAAUAAUGUGCAAAAUCCAGACUGUUUAUGGAAAUGAUCCUUGAGUGAUGAUCCCAAGUACUUGGGUUAUGGCUAAGUUGUUUUCUAUUUUCUUUUCUAUAAUUCACUAAAAUGAAGGAAUUAUAUAUAUGUUUUAAGCAAACGAGAAGGAAAACACUUCACAUUUUUUUUUUGUCAAGGUGACUCAAUAAAAUCCCUGAAAUUUCUGUAUUUA